AUGGCUUUCCAAGUGCGUGGAAAGAACGCCGUCGUGACGGGUGCCAGUUCAGGCAUCAACUUGGCAUUUGCGAAGCUGCUCGCCAGCAACGGGGCCAAUGUCGUCGUCGCCGACGUCCAGGAGACCCCGGCGUUCAAGGAGUUCCAGCAAGGCACCACCGCGACCAAAGUGCUCUUCCAGAAGACGGACGUGUCGAACUGGAAGGACUUGGAGAGGCUGUUCGCCUUCGCAAAGGCCGAGCUCGGCCCCAUUGACGUGCUCUGCAACGGGGCAGGGGUCUUUGAACCGGACUGGUCGAGUUUCUGGAAAGACACAGAGACCGAGAGUUACAAGUCGUUCGACAUCAACGUGCAAGGCCUCGUCAAGGGCACGAGACUGGGCAUUCGGGACCAGAUCACCAGGUCCAAGGGCCGGAAAUCUGGCGAAACGGUCGGGGUGAUCAUCAACAUCUCCUCGCUGGCCGCUCAAUACGCCCUCUUCAACCAGCCCCUCUACUCCACCGCGAAGGCGGCCGUCUCUGCCUUCACCCGGUCUCUGGGGCCGCUCCACGAGGAGUUCGGGAUCAAGGUCGUCGCGGUCGCCCCGGGCAUGGUCAUGACGCCACUGUGGAGCGAGAACCCGGAGAAGAUGAAGGCGAUUUCGGAAGAAGAUGUCUUCGCCACGCCCGAAGAGCUGGCUGAGACGAUGCUCGAGCUCGUCCAGAACCCCGAGUAUGAAGGAGGCACGGUCCUCGAAAGGAUCAAGUAUUCGACCCGCAGGGUAUUGGUGGAUAGUCCGCUGCCUUCGGGGCCUGGUUCUACCAUGAGUAAAAUGGAACUCAUCUACGACGACACAAUUGCCCUGUUGGAGGCCGAGAGGAAAGGAGGUGCCUCAAAAUAG